UUUUCUUUUCUUUUCUCCCUCUCUCUCUCUCUAAAUGAGAAACCAUUGCUGUAAAAAGGAAUAUUAAUUAUUCAUAUCCAUAUGGAAUGAAUGAGAAGCAAAACACAAGAAGAAGAAGAAAAUGAAGAGAAGAAGAAGAAGAAGAAGAAACCAAUAUAUGACUGCUUGAUUGAUCACAUUCUUCUUUAAUUGUUAAUCCAAAACCCACAAUCCCUUUUCUUUUCUUGAUUCCUUUCUUUCUUUCUUUCUUGUUCGUGAUCAUCGUCAUUGGUUUAGCAACAACAAUGGCGUACCAGAGUUUUAGGUCACAAUUUGGUGAUACCACGUAUACUAAAGUUUUUGUUGGUGGAUUGGCUUGGGAAACACCUACAGAUAAAUUACAUCAAUAUUUUGAACAGUUUGGUGAUAUUCUUGAAGCCGUUGUGAUUACAGAUAAGAUUACUGGACGAUCAAAAGGUUACGGAUUCGUAACAUUUCGUGAUCCUGAAUCGGCAAGAAAUGCUUGUCUUGAUCCAAAUCCGAUGAUUGACGGGAGGAGAGCUAAUUGUAAUAUCGCUGCCAUGGGUCGACCGAGACCUUCACCACCACGAGGGAGAAUUAACGCAGCUGCUAGUCCAUAUCAUCAAGGAGGUGGCACACAAGGAAUUCGUAUUCAAAUACCGGUCACAGCGCCGCCGCAGCCACCACCACCUCCUGUUAUUUAUCCUCCAUACGGGUACACUACUUAUGCACCUGAAUAUGGAUACCAUCAUACUUUUGGCAACCCACAUAUUCAAGCAGCACCAUACUACCCACAAAUGUAUGGAGCAUCAUCAUCAACAGUUGGAUCUCCAUACUAUUAUGGAUAUUCUUUGCAAUCUCCAACUAGCAGGAUACCUGCUUUUACUGCAACCCAGGCGCCUCUUAACCGGAUACCCUCUUAUUUACACUAUCCGGCCCAAGGAGAUGCACAUUUCACGGCAACCUCUUUACAGUCACCAGUGACACUAAAUCCUGCACCACUACUACCUACCAGGGAACUUGCUGCUCCUGCAACUACAGACUCACAAAUUCAACAUCGACCAACAACAACAACAGAAGCUGGAGUGAUUAACAAUUCUUCUUCGGAGAGUCCAGAGAUCUAAAGAUUACGCCCAACAAAACCUGCAAAUAAUGUACAUUUUGUUUGUUUUGGUGCUUCAGAAAAACAACAACAAAAUUCAUUUUGUAUAAUCUUUGACGAAAAUUUCACUCUAAAUCGUUCAUGAUUUUUUCGUUCCUUUCGUUUUUGAUCAAUUCUUUUUCUUUUCAUUCGUCCUUUAAAAAAAAAGAAAAAGAAAAUUAAACAACACAUUUCAUUCUAAUCAAAUGUAUGAACACAAGGAAAUUUCAGUUCCAAAUAAAGAAUUCUCGGUUUCUUUCGUC